AUGAAACAAAGAGCCAAUCGCCGUCGUACGGUUGUCCAACCCUCUCCUGUUGUUGCUGCGACUGUCUCUCCUCCUCCGAAGAUGGCUGUCCCUUCUUCUGUGGAUGCAUCUGAGCCAUCUGUAGUUGCCACAUCCCCUAAUCGGGUUGUGUCCCCUAAUUCUGAUCCUAGUCUGGCUAUGGCCAUCGUUCUGGUUCCACCUACCGUCGCUGAGAUGUCUCCAUCUCCUCCGUCGACGUCCCUUCCCGAGGUGGUGACUGCGUCUGCUCCUCCAGUCAGUCCUACGGUUGGUGUGGUCAAUGCCCAUCUGCCUUGUUCAGUUGGUAAGUCUUCUCCACCCGUCUUUGUAUCUUCCCCUAAAUGUGUUACUCAUUCUUCUGUAGUGUCUACAUCUCCACCUGGUGAGUCCUCUCAACUGCCGAACCCAAACCCACCAUCUCCUUCUCCUCCCAAGUCGCCUUCUAUGUCUAAGCAGUCCUCACCCAAUACUCCCAAGACACGGUCUGCCUUCAAGUCCAAACCCAAACCCAAACCCCAUGUUCAUGCACAGUCCAAAGGAAAGGGUAAAGUACUUGUUUCAUCACCUCCCAAAAAUUCAUCGGCUCCAAAACGUAAGCCCAAGGACACUCAGUUUGAACCCUCUCCUAAAAAAUCCAAGCGUGCCUCUAGCCCUAAGGAUUCUGUGUCUUUUGUUGAUCCAUCCUUUAUUCAAUACUUUUCUAGGCAUUGGGUUAAUACAGUGUCCAAAUUGGUGUCUCCUCAUCCCAUUCUCAUUAGGGAGUUUUAUGCUAAUUUAGAUAGGUCUGUUUUAGAUGGGAAAAAUGAGGAUUGUCUUACUGCUUUUGUGAGGGGUAGUCGUAUAAAAUUUGCACCAUCCACUAUAGCUCAUGCACUCAAGGUUCCAAAAGUACUUAAACCUGCAUAUAAUAAAUCCUACAGUCCAGAUCAAUCUACCAUGGGUCAAGUUCUAACUGGCCUGCCUGAUUAUGUUUGGGGGAAUCAUGAUAUUCCUAUAACAAAGUUGACUCAUUUCUAUCGGGUUCUUCAUCGAGUGGCCUUAUAUAAUUGGUUUCCCAAUUCUCACCUCUCAUCUGUUACACUUGAGAUUGGGAAGUUCUUAUAUGCUAUGGGCACUGGAGUGUCUAUUGAUCUGUCUACUCUCAUCUAUGAUCGAAUUUUUGAUUUGGCUUCCUCUACUGGUACUCGUAACAAGCUGCCUUAUCCAAGCCUGAUUUAG